UUUCUCACACACGUGGAUAGCAUAUUAUCACGUCGGAUGGGAAUCUGCUCGUCUACUUCGUAAAAACAAUACGCGAACUUUUCACGGGCUACCUCUUCAUGGAACAUUUGUACAUUAGAGUUCAUGAACGUUUUUAUUUUUCUUAACUAUUUCUUAAGAAGACCAAUGAUACGAUGGAAAAUUUAGAACUGAACCCAUCAUCACUGGCAACGAUAUGUAACCAUAUCGACAAAAGCCACAGCCAACUAAGCCAAUUUCUUUCCAAGCAGAUAUGGAGUCAGCAGGACAGACGAUGUAUUCUGGAGUGCCUCGCCCAGGUGCUGUUGGAGAAGGAUUAUACAUUGUUAAUUGCAAGACACUUGAGACCCCUUGUUCUGGAUUUGCUGGAGCGAAAUGCAGAGAGGGUUAAGAGAAAUGGCAGGAUCAACCACGACCUCCACGAGCGCCUGUGUGUGGCACUCAGCAAACUUCUUUGGAUUAGCCCCGAUGCUCAGGCGUUUGCUGCAAGGUACUUCAGUGAUGCCCCGCCCGUGUUUCAGAGGCUCUUCUUCACCAGUGAAGAGGCGUCAACUGUUCAAUACGGUCCAAGGCGAAUGAAAUUGCGUGAUCUCAUGGCUGCAACUCUUCGUUUCCUCAAGAGCGAUUGUGGCAAGUUUGAAAAGCUCUGGGACUGGAGUCCAUGUGUUUCCCAGUUGCUCAUGAGCGAUGUCCUGGUUCGAGGGUACACUGCUCAUUGUUUAGCACUGGUGACUCGAAUGACUGAUAAUCAGAAAAACAUCUUUUUGAGUAAGCUUCUGACAAGUGAUGAGAUUCUGCAGAUGAAAAUCAGAGCUUUUGAAGAAGCUCAGCAGAUGACAAUAGAAAAAGCCCUUGUGUUAGCCAAUCAAGGAUCAUCCUUCGGGCGCAAGGAAAAGAAGCAUAUCCAGGGCCAGUUAAUAUCAGAGGACUUGUCUCAGAAUGUUGUGGCAAUCUGUGGUAUUGUGCUGCCUGUAAGAGGACAAAAACAGACUGAAAAGGUAAAUGAAAGGGAUAUGGUGCUGGUGGACUCAACCUGCCUGAAUCUGAAAAGACUGGCACUGGCUGUGGCUUCACAGAAGCCGGUGCUCCUUGAGGGGCCUAUCGGCUGUGGCAAAACUGCUCUGGUGGAGUUUAUGGCUACUGUUACUGGUCACACAGAAUCUUCAAAGAUUCUAAAGGUCCAACUUGGGGAUCAAACUGACAGUAAGCUACUGCUAGGGAUGUAUCGUUGCACUGAUAUACCGGGGAAGUUCGUAUGGCAACCAGGAACCCUGACACAGGCUGUCUCUAAAGGACUGUGGAUUUUGUUGGAAGACAUUGAUCAUGCACCGCUAGAUGUGAUAUCUGUACUCCUUCCAUUGAUGGAGAACAAAACAUUAAUGAUUCCAGGACGGGAAGAUAGCAUUGACAUAUCACCUGGAUUUCAGUUCUUUGCCACAAGAAGAAUGAAUUACAGCGGUGGCAGCUGGCACAAACCAACAAACUCCAAUGCAGCUUUGCUGGAUAAGUACUGGACCAAGCUGGAGAUUGGUAAUAUGACAAGGAAAGAAUUGAAGACGGUGGUCAUUAGCAAGUACCCAACCCUGACAAUGGUGGCAGAUCGUCUGUUAGACAUCUACUGCCACCUCACCGGGGAUAGACAUUUGGACCCAUCGUCCUCUCCAAGCCCCAAUGACAACCACCAGUCCAAGUCUGAGGAGAUCUCCACUCGGCUGGAGAGUAGAACACUUUCCUUAAGAGAUUUGCUGAAAUGGUGUGAGAGGAUCAACGUCAACUUUAACGGCACUUCUUCCGCCACUGCCCAGCAUGUGUUUCAAGAGGCUCAAGACUGCUUCACAGCAAUGAUGUCUCGCCCUGAAAGCCAACUGCGGAUGGCUGAGAUAAUUGGAAGCAAGCUCAAUAUCUCCAAAGAAAAGGUGCAACACUUCUGUCAGAUGUAUCAGCCUGCCAUCUCGUUGGCUGAGCAUGAGGCCUUGGUGGGUCGAGUGAGUCUAGUUCGAAAGCGGACUGAAACGGUGCAGCUGAUUAUUGAUCAGCAGACUUUUGCUGCUACUCGUCCAGCUGCUGUUCUACUGGAGCGACUGGCUGUGUGCAUUGCUAAACAGGAGCCUGUUCUGUUAGUGGGAGAGACUGGGACGGGAAAAACCACCACCGUACAACACCUGGCCAGAAUUACAGGGCAUAAGUUGAUGGUUGUAAACAUGAACCAACAGAGUGAUACUGCGGACCUCCUUGGUGGGUACAAGCCAGUUGACCAUAGGCAGAUCUUACUUCCCCUGCGGGAGGCCUUUGAGGACCUGUUUUCCCAGACUUACUCCAGGAAGCAAAACCUAGCAUUUCUAGGCCAUGUGCAGACAUGCUUCAGGGAGAAACGUUGGCACGACCUUCUCAAACUCAUGGACCACGUCUGCAAAUCUUUCCUCACUAAAGAGUUGCAAGGAAAAUCAAAUGCCGCCUUACUGCAAGAGAAGUGGGACUUAAUGGCAACAAAAUUGAGUCAGACUCAGCAGCAGAUUCGAGCCUGUGAGACAGCCAUGAUCUUUGCUUUUGUGGAGGGAACAUUAGCCAAGGCGGUGAAGAAGGGCUAUUGGAUCUUACUUGAUGAGAUCAAUCUCGCAGCAGCAGAGACCCUAGAGUGUUUGAGUGGACUCCUUGAGAGCAGUGCUGGAUCCUUAGUUCUGUUGGACCGUGGAGAUUUGGCUGCCCUUGUUCGACACCCAGACUUCAGACUAUUUGCCUGCAUGAACCCAGCUACCGAUGUGGGUAAAAAAAACCUGCCUCAUGGCCUUAGGAACCGGUUUACAGAGCUGUAUGUGGAAGAGCUGGAUCAUGAGGGAGACCUGCGGAUCUUGGUUUCAGUCUACCUAAAAAAACUGAAUCCCCACCGGAGUGUAAUCGAUGGAAUCAUAAGUUUUUACCUGGCAGUGAGAAAGGAGGCUACCUCACACCUUGUGGACGGGACCGGUCAAAGACCCCACUAUAGCCUGCGCACACUAUGUAGGGCGCUGAAGUAUGUGGCAGCGAACCCAUGCAAUAUUGUGCAGCGCUCACUUUAUGAGGGUUUCUGUCUCAGCUUUCUAACUCAGCUCGACAGAAUGUCCCAUCCUGUGGUCCAGAAACUGGUUUGUCAGCACAUUCUCAAAGGAAACACCAAGUGUCUCAAUCACCCCAUUGUGGCUCCUUUAGGCAAACAAUGUGUGGCGGUUGAGGGCUACUGGGUGUCACAGGGAGAUUUGGAGCCAACUUUGGAUCCCAGCUACAUUCUCACACCCUCAGUCAAACUCAACCUACGGGACCUUGCAAGGGUGGUAUCUGCAGGAACUCACCCGGUGCUGAUCCAGGGGGAAACCUCUGUGGGGAAGACAAGUCUAAUCCGUUGGCUGGCUACAGCGACUGGUAACCAUUGUGUUAGAAUCAACAACCACGAGCACACAGACAUCCAGGAGUACAUAGGAUGCUAUUGCUCAGAUGACAAGGGCAAACUGGUGUUCACAGAGGGCAUUCUCAUCGAUGCCAUGAGGAAAGGUUACUGGAUCAUCCUUGAUGAAUUGAACCUGGCCCCCACUGAUGUUCUCGAGGCCCUCAACAGGCUGCUAGAUGACAACAGGGAGCUUUUCGUUGUGGAGACACAGGAAGUCAUCAAGGCUCACCCAAGAUUCAUGCUGUUUGCUACCCAGAACCCUCCUGGUCUCUAUGGGGGUCGAAAGGUUCUCUCCAGAGCAUUCAGGAAUCGCUUUGUGGAGCUGCACUUUGAUGAGCUACCUAGCACAGAGCUGGAGACCAUCCUCCAUUUGCGGUGCAGCAUGCCUCCAUCGUACUGUACGAAACUAGUCAAGGUCAUGAUAGAUCUACAGUCAAUGCGCAGAGGCUCUUCUGUCUUUGCAGGCAAACAUGGCUUCAUUACUCUCAGAGACCUGUUCCGCUGGGCAGACCGCUACAGGCUGGAAGAGCAGACUGAUGAUGCCAUUCCUGCUCUCUCUCUGCAGUCAAUGCGCAGAGGCUCUUCUGUCUUUGCAGGCAAACAUGGCUUCAUUACUCUCAGAGACCUGUUCCGCUGGGCAGACCGCUACAGGCUGGAAGAGCAGACUGAAGCCUCUCAGGACUGGCUUCAGCAUUUGGCUGAUGACGGAUAUAUGUUGCUAGCAGGACGCGUUAGAAAGCCCGAGGAGGAGGCCACCAUCCUGUCCAUCCUCGAAAGGCACUUUAAGAGGACCGUGCACCCAGAAAACCUGUUCUCUCAGAAACAAGUCAACAAACAGUUUAAUCCCUUUGUUGAUAGCAUUGCUGGAGUUCCAAAGGAUUUUCACCAUGUGGUAUGGACACACAGCAUGAGGAGGCUAGCUGUGUUGGUUGGACGAUCACUUCGAUUUGGCGAGUCUGUGCUGCUCGUCGGGGACACUGGGUGUGGAAAGACUACAAUCUGCCAGUUGUAUGCUGCUGUGACUGGGAAGAAGCUUUUUUCUGUCAACUGCCACCUUCACAUGGAAACAUCAGACUUUCUGGGAGGGUUGCGACCUGUCCGACAUUCCUCUCAGGCUGACGGUGAUGAAUGCAAGUUCUUUCAGUGGCAUGAUGGGCCCUUGGUUUUGGCCAUGAAAAACGGUGGGGUGUUCCUCAUGGAUGAGAUCUCCUUGGCAGAUGACUCCGUUCUUGAGAGACUAAACAGGUACACAAAAAACACACAGUCCGACAAACACUCAGU